AUGUCAGAACACGUAUUGCCGGCUGAAGAGCCGAUACGGUUCGUAGCCCCAGUAAUUCAAGACAAUCCUACAGGAUGGGGCCCCUGCGAGAUGCCGGAUCAAUUUAGGGACAUGCCCUACCAACCUUUUAGUAAAGGCGAUCGACUUGGCAAAAUCAGUGAUUGGACUGUAGUACAAGACAAGAAAUAUCAGAACAAGUAUGCUUCGCAAUUUGGCGCUGGAUCGUCAUAUGCUUACUUCCAUGAUGAGGACGAAAGUACGUUCCAUCUGGUGGACUCGACUCGCGAACAGAAACCCCCGUACCAGCGCGGUCGUGCUCGAGGUCAACGUGGCCGUGGUGCUAGAGGAGCCCGUACUCCUGGUGGCAUGACUACUUUGAGCAAGCAACGUGAACGUAAACUUGGCAAGAGGUGGGGACAGAGAGGUGCUCCUAUGAAGAUCCGUGAUGCGUCAGUAACCGUCAGGCCUACUUGGGUCACAAUAGAAGAUAUGGACUUCCCACGUUUAGCUAAGUUGUCUUUACCUGGCAUUAAAGAAGGUGAGGAUAUUGUAUGUUGUGGUACAUUGGAGUACUAUGACAAAGCUUAUGAUCGUGUGAAUGUGAAACAUGAGAAGCCACUUCAGCGUAUUGACCGCAUUUUCCAUACGGUGACAACCACCGACGAUCCUGUCAUCCGUCGCCUGAGUAAGACAACUGGCACAGUGUAUGCCACAGACGCUAUCCUGGCAACCAUCAUGUGUUGCACUCGCUCCAAUUAUUCUUGGGAUAUUGUUAUUGAGAAGAUUGGCGAUAAGUUGUUUUUGGACAAGCGCGAUAAUACGGAAUUUGACUUGCUAACUGUGAACGAGACUUCAGUGGAACCGCCCGCAGAUGAUGGCAACUCCAUCAACUCUCCGCGCAACUUGGCUCUGGAAGCCACAUUCAUCAAUCAUAACUUCAGCCAGCAGGUGCUGAAAUCUGGCCCUACCGAGCCCAAGUUCAAGUUCCCGGAAGCUAACCCCUUCGUCUCAGAAGAAGAAGAUGGAGAAGUGGCUUCUGUCGGUUACCGGUACCGCAAAUGGAACCUUAAUAACGGUGUUGUGCUAGUAGCUCGGUGCGAGCACGACGCAGUAAUGCAGGGUCCGCAGAACGAGACCCAGUUCCUCUCCAUCAAGGCUCUCAACGAGUGGGACUCGAAGGUCGCCAACGGUGUCGAAUGGCGUCAGAAGCUGGACACGCAGCGCGGCGCGGUUCUCGCCAAUGAACUGCGUAACAACUCUUGCAAGCUCGCCAAGUGGACUGUGCAGGCCCUCCUCGCGGGCUCCGACCAGAUCAAGUUCGGCUACGUGUCGCGCGCGCAAGUGCGGGACAACUCGCGCCACGUCAUCCUCGGCACGCAGCAGUUCAAGCCGCACGAGUUCGCCGCACAGAUCAACCUGUCCAUGGACAACGCGUGGGGCAUACUCAGGUGUAUCAUCGACAUCUGUAUGAAGCAGAAGGAUGGUAAGUACUUGAUCAUGAAGGACCCCAACAAGCCUCUGAUCCGUCUCUACGACAUUCCGGAUAAUACGUUCGAGUCGGACGGCUCUGAGGAGAGCGGCGACGAGCCCGCCGACACGCCCUUCGCGCCACUAUACUCUUAUGGCAACCCUAAGCGGAUU